CCCCCUUCUCUCAACACUUACGAAUUCACUUAUUUGACUAAGCUUCUACUGUAAAAAAAAAAAAUUGCACUAAACUAGAGAGACCGAGUGAGCAGCAGUAGCCAUGAAAAAACUCUCCUGAAAGUCUUGUGUUUGGCUUUUGGAGAAGGAAAUAGUUAGGAGGUCGUUGUCUGGUUUCUUUCUAUUGCUGAAUGAUAACACUUUGCUUUGUUUUCUGAUCUCUCUGUUUGAGUGAUGGUGCACCGACACGUAUUGUCUCUGCUCAGCGACGUUGGAGGUUCUAUUAACGGCGUUUUUCGCCUCUUCAUUUCAUAAGCUGACUCUGAGUUGACUCCAUCUAUGUGAACAUUCAGCAUCUGCAGCUGUGAAAGUACACUAGGACUUGUCUCAGUGCAAGCUUUUUGCAGAAUCUUGAAACAUUUAAUUUGCUAUAGUAUCUGAAUCAGUUAGCACCAACUGAGAUGCAGCUGGAAUCGCAACCUAUCCAGUCGAUGGAAUACCGUUUAGAACUCAAAAAGAAUUCUAGAGAUCAACCACCAAUGGGAACUUCUGAUAAGACUAAAUUCUCCCAAGCAAACCAAAAGAAAGAUCUCCCAGACAGGUUCAAACUGGAAAGGCAUAAUUUGUCAUAUGCUGAUCUCCAUCAUGAAGUUAUAAAAAAUAUGAAAGAUUUUUCCCCUAAAUUUUCAGGAAACCUCCAAAAGAAACAGAUAGACAGAAAGGGAAACGAAGAAGAUGAGCUUGUUAAGUAUAUGUCAAGAGUACCAAGUUAUCUGGAGAAGGGAAAAAAUCCGCAAGAGAAAGUUUUAAAUGUUGGUGUCCUUGACUGGGGUCGUCUAGAAAAAUGGCACUGUAGCCAUAAACAGAUGCCGCACAAGGGUAGCCGGUCUUCAAUAUCUGGGAGUAAUUUUUCCUCAUCCUUCUCAACAGAUGCAUCUUCUUCCCAUUCUAGCAGUGGUUACGUCUCUCCUCCUUGUCAAAAGACACGACAUUCAUCGCUGCAGUUUCAUCUGAUGUCGUCAUCUAUGGACAGCUAUUCUCAAGCAGUCAAAUCUUCUGGAGAUCAUGUUCAAAGAUUUCCUGAUAUCAUAGAUGCCCAGAGUAAUAGCUUAAAUGUGCAGGGAAAGUUUACUAGUACUGAGAAACCUUUUGGAAAAAACAAUGUAGAUAUGCUAGAGGAGUGCAAGAAAAAAGAUUCAAAUCCUAAGAUUGAUCGAGAAAGUGGAACUUUGGCAAAUGGGGUGGAAUAUGAGGUAGCAUCAUCCACAAAACUGAAAAUGAAGACUCAAGAUGGUAAGUUUAUGAAGAAAACAGAGAAGCUUCAAGAAAGAAAACUGGAUGUUGUUGAACAAGAUGUUGGAAAACAAAAACCUGUUGUUCUUCUCUUGCCAAAAGAUCAUUCCAAAAAUGAUCUUUCUGGAGUAUCCAAUCUUUCUAAUAUGACAACAAGGAUAGGUCAAAGACCAGCAGAAGAUGGACGAAGGAGCUUUUCUGGAAGACCUAAAGAUGUUGAACUUGUCUGUGACUUCCCACAUUCAAGUCCUGUGCCUUGUAAAGUUGGUCGCAGUGAACACUUACAGAUGAAAUGGCCUAACUCCACAGAUGCAAAGAAUGACAUCUUCUCAUCUGAAAGAUCUCAUCAGGCACAAUCUGCAGCAGAAACAGUCUGUUGGUCUGGAGACAAAAAUCUGGAAGACAGGAAAUCAACCAUAACUAUCAACAAGAGCACCUCGAGUGUUCCUUCUGUAGGAUUGGAUCUGAAAGUGAAUAAGGUAGCACCUGAAAAAGUGAGAACCACUUCACCUUUUCGCCGCUUGAGCUUCAGUAUGAGUAGGAUAAGCAAAAAUUCCGGCUCCAAAGAGGCUUCUGCUUUACAACAGUCAAACUCUACAUAUCUUUCUGCCCAUUCUGGUUCAGAGAAUUCAGUGGUUUCUUCUCAUCUUGAUACUUGUGGUGAUAAAAUUAAUUCCACAAACAGAGCCAGGUCAAGCCCAUUGAGAAGGUUACUGGAUCCAGUACUGAAGCCAAAGGGAGCAAACUGUCAUAAUAUUGGAGACCCAUUACCAAAAGACUCGAUGUCCAAAGAGAGGACCUCUAAACAUUCUGAUGAACAACCAUAUUCUUCUUCAUCCAUGGCUGCACCAUCAGGAAGAGUUAAAGCUGAUAUGGCCAGAUGCAGAACAAUCAAUGUUAAUGACUCAUUACAGGAGAAGCAGCAUGGAUCACGAGCUGUUCAAGCUCUUUUACGUGUUGCAGUCAAGAAUGGCCAGCCUCUGUUUACAUUUGCGGUUGAUAAUGAGCGUGAUAUUCUUGCAGCUACAAUGAAGAAGUUGAGUACUUCAGGAAAGGACUACAGCUGCUGCUACACAUUCUUCACCAUCCAAGAAGUGAAAAAGAAAAAAGGGAGGUGGCUAAAUCAUGGAGGCAAAGCCCAAAGUCAUGACUUCAUCCCUAAUGUCGUUGCCCAGAUGAAUGUUUGUGGAUCUCAUUUGUCUGAGUUGACUACAGAGAACAAUGCGAAUCAGUUUAGUGUGAGAGAGUUUGUUCUAGCCUCAGUGCAUUUUAGACAGACUGAUCAGCAGAUGUCAGAUUUCGAGCCAAGUGAUGAGCUUGCUGCUAUUGUUGUCAAGAUCCCAUUAUUAUUCAGUAGAAGCUUACUCAUAAAUGGGUAUAAGGGCACUACGCAGGAAGAUCUUCGAGAAGUGGGAUUAAGAGAGUAUUUUCCAGAAGUGACACUUGAUUCUGAUUCUGGAAAAAAAGUUCAGAAUUGGCCUUAUGUAGGUUGCCAAGACAUCAGUGCCACUAUCAUACUUCCGAGUGCUGUUCAUACAGUACCUAAAAAGGGAGAGCCUUCGUCACUGAUCCAACGCUGGAGAACUGGUGGAUCAUGUGACUGUGGAGGUUGGGACUUGGGUUGCAAACUUAAGAUUCUUGCCAACUGGAAUCAACUCAUGAAGAAAGCAGGUUCAUCCAAUGCUUGUUCCUCAGAGCAUCAAUUUGAGCUAUUCUCUGAGGGAGGACAAGAAAAGCAUCCUUUAUUCACCUUGGCCCCAUGUACGGAAGGUAUCUAUUCGGUCGAGUUCAAUUCAUCACUAACACUUAUACAAGCAUUCUCCAUUUGUAUAGCAGUUUUAGAUAGUAGAAAUCCGUGUGAGUUUUCUGAAUCAAGAAACUUUUUUGAACAAAAAACAUGUGGAGAAACUGUGUUAGUAAAAAAUGAUGGAACCAGGGUUUCUGAUCAAAACGAAGGAGAGGUUCCUGCAAGUUAUCACUCAGAUCCACCCCAUUCUCCAGUGGGGCGGGUUUAGUUUCUACUUGCAGAUGAAAAUAAAUCUUGUAUAGAAUAAAAUCUUUGGUGAACUAUAGUGAAAAUACGCAACAGAUCCUCCAGUCCUCUAUAGUAGUGGGAAAAGAUAAACUACAAAACUUGGGAAUUGGGAUUAUCCUGUAUAUUGUACUAGUUUUGACAGCAGAAGCAAUUUGAGUUUUAUUCUUCAUCA